GCUGUGACAUCUGGCAGGCAAGACAGGGCGGUGGAGGAAACACACUCUGAGGCAGCGCUGCUGUUGUGCACAUCAACCAGGAGAGAAAGAUCAACAGACUGGCUUCACAGUUCUGCCACCAGACAGGAAUUCAGCGCAGCUGCAGAUGUGGCCACAAAUGGAUGAAGAGAAUGUGACAGAGAGCGUAGAGAGCAACUCUACUGACUGUCCGUCCAUCGAUGACUUCCGUAACCAGGUUUACUCCACAUCCUACUCCCUCAUCACUGUGUUCGGCCUGUUUGGGAACGGCUUCGCCCUGGUGGUGUUGAUCAGGACCUACCGUCAGAGCUCACCUUUUCACGUCUACAUGGUGAACCUGGCUGUGUCUGAUCUGCUGUGUGUCAUGACGCUGCCCCUGCGAGUUCUCUACUAUGUCAACAAGGGUCAGUGGAACCAGGGGGACUUCCUGUGCCGCAUCAGCUCCUACGCCCUCUACGUGAACCUCUACUGCAGUAUUUACUUCAUGGCUGCCAUGUCCAUCACACGUUUCCUGGCCAUUGUCUUCCCUGUGCAGAACAUGCGCCUGGUGACGGUGAACCGUGCUCGCCUGGUGUGUGUGGGUGUCUGGGUGUUUAUCUGUGUUUCAUCCUCACCCUUCCUGAUGACUGGCCAGCUUUUUGACCCCAUCACGAAUAAAACCAAGUGCUUUGAGCCACCACAAGGUCAAGGUGUGCAGAAACUCCUCGUGCUGAACAAUUUGUCUCUGGUGGUGGGCUUUGCCCUGCCCUUCCUGGUCAUCCUCCUCUGCUACGGUGGCAUCGUCCGCGCCCUGCUGUCCCGCACCCACGCUGCCCGACGCCAGCGGGACACCGGCACCAGAGCCAUCCAAAUGAUUGUCAUAGUCCUGCUGACCUUCCUGAUCAGCUUCAUGCCAUACCACGUGCAGCGCACCAUCCACCUGAGCUUCCUGUCCCGAACUGACACCACCUGCUCAGAGCGGGUUGCCAUGCAGAAGUCUGUGGUGGUGACACUCUGCCUGGCGGCUUCCAAUUCAUGCUUUGAUCCGUUGCUUUAUUUUUUCUCUGGAGAGGGUUUCCGCAAUCGCUUGUCCUCCUUGAGGCAGUCGGUGGUGGGCAGCAACACGCAACGUAGAGCCAACCAGUCACAGGCUCAGAGCCUGGGGAAAAACACCAGCUGAAGGCCAGCUCACCAGGCAAGAGGGCCAUUAAACAAGCUGCGUAGGAAACCUUUAAAGAGUCCAGGAUGUCUUGUGCUGUCAUUAUAAACCAGCGAAGGAGCUGAGAGACACAUUAGAAGAUCAAAGGCAGAAAAAAAGCUUAGACAAAUGAGGUCUGGUUACUCGUGAAAAGAGUAUUUAAACAUUUAAGCUACAAGUCUUGGGAGGAUGUUUUCCAUUAAAAUUGGUAUUUAUUAUUCUAAAUAGUGCAUAUUGUUCAAUAUUUAAGUGAUGUUUAUCAAUGUGACACAGCAACCUAUUGUGUCCCAAAAAGUUACUCAAACUGUGGAAUUACAAAUAAAAAUACAUUAAUAAAAAGUAUAUCAGUGUAUGAAUGUAUUGUAGAUUACGUCAUGGUGUUUUUAUCUGGAUCUUCUUCCAGAAUCUCGACUCUCAUAUCGCACAACCUGCAUAUGAAUGUUUGUAAAGAAGGGCUAAACUUUGCUGACUGUACACCUUUACUUUUCUUCACUAUUAUCGUUCUCCUUAUUCUUCUACCACUGUAAAUGCUGCAAUGACCAUCUUUCAUUACCCGUCAUUAUGCUCUUCUAACUUUCUUUUUAAUAUGAGUAAUGAGUUUCUUUCUGUGCUAUUGAUAAUUGCUAUUAUUUUUUUGUAAGACGAUAAUGAUUAUUUGCUCAAUUCUUACUUUACAAAGAUAAACUUCUUGAUUUUCAGUACUGUAAUCUGUUCGGGAAUGUAGGUUUAAAGGAAUAGUUUGUCAUUUUGAGAAAAUAUACUCAUUUGCUUUUAUGCCAAGAGUUAAAUGAGAAGAUCAAUGUCUCAUAUCUGUACAGUAAAUAUGAAACUGCAGCUGGCUGAUUGCUAGCUCAGCACACGAACUAUAAACAAUGGGAAAUAGCUUUCCGGUGUCCCUGCCGCUCACUAAUGAACAUGUUGUAUAACCCACACAAUCUGUGACUUGCUUCCCUUGUUUCCAGUCUUUACACUCAGUUUAAAGCUAAAAAACAGUCUUCUAACUUUUAGCAAGAAACAAAAUGUUAAAGUAUUCCUUUGAACAUCUGAAAAUAUGCUUCUGUAUCUCUAUUGUAUGCAAAUAAUAUUUCAUGUUGCAUAUGACGGCUGCAUUAAUAAAU